AUUAACCCGACCCGCCCCAUUCAUUUAUGCUAAAACCUCUCCUCUCCUCAAAGUCACGUCUGUCAUAAACCCUAAGACCCGCAAAACACCUACUUCACGUCUUCAACGAUGGGUAGCAGCCAAGCAGCAGUUUCCUUCCUUAACAACGUCGCUCGCGCAGCUUUUUGUCUUGGUGCCGCGGCCACCAUUCUCAACUCCUCUCUUUACACCGUCGAUGGAGGCCAACGCGCUGUUCUCUUUGACAGAUUCCGUGGAGUAAUUGAUACUAGCAUUGGUGAAGGGACUCAUUUCCUCAUCCCUUGGCUUCAAAAGCCAUUUAUCUUUGACAUCCGUACACGACCUCACACUUUCUCUUCUGUCUCUGGUACUAAGGAUCUUCAGAUGGUCAAUCUUACCCUCCGUGUUCUCUCUCGUCCUGAGGUGUCACGUUUGCCUCAUAUCUUUCAACGCCUUGGGCUUGAGUAUGAUGAGAAGGUGCUCCCCUCGAUCGGCAAUGAGGUGUUGAAGGCUGUGGUUGCUCAGUUCAAUGCUGAUCAGCUCCUCACUGAGCGUCCUCAGGUGUCAGCUCUGGUCCGUGAUGCACUCAUCAAGCGUGCAAGGGACUUCGACAUAGUGAUGGAUGAUGUGGCUAUUACCCACUUGUCUUAUGGAGUGGAGUUCUCAAGGGCUGUAGAGCAGAAACAGGUUGCGCAGCAAGAGGCAGAGAGGUCCAAGUUUGUUGUCAUGAAGGCUGACCAGGAGAGAAGGGCUGCAAUUAUCAGGGCAGAAGGUGAGAGUGAUGCUGCUAAGCUGAUCUCUGAGGCAACAACAAAAGCUGGUAUGGGGCUCAUUGAAUUGAGAAGGAUUGAAGCAUCAAGGGAAAUCGCUUCAACUCUGGCUAAGUCACCCAAUGUGGCAUACCUUCCUGGUGGUAACAACAUGCUUCUGGCACUGAAUGCAAACCGGUGAAUAGGGAAUAAUUCUGUAUUUUGACGGCCUUUUUCCUAAUGGCCCCAGUUGUCAUAUCGCAAUCAGGAUAGCCUUCUGUUAUGAUAUGAAUAAGAGGAAAUGAUUUAAAAUUUGACAAAAUUCUAAAUAAUAUUGUUUACCGCCUUAGCUAGUGGAUAACACUGACUCCUACUUUUCAGCACACAAUCCCUUUUAGUCUGCAACAAUAGGUAUUUGUCUUGUUUUCCUUCGUGUCUAAGUUCAUGUACACAGGUACUCAAGAAGGUAGAUUGAUUCUGUGUUAUCUAAAUCGAGUCAAUUGACAAGUAGUGUGCUGGAGGGCUCGAUUGCACUUAACCAGCACGCCAUUCUCAGAUCUUUAGUUGAAGUGAAAUUAAGUGACGUGAUUUGAUGUCAAUUUACUGAGCUUGAAAAAUAUCAACCAGUUGAAACGAAAUUGCAUGAAUGGCACUUGGUUUCUUCCUUUUGAAUCA